UCCCUUUGGUCGGCUUUCUCAAACCGUUAAAUUGUAACGACAGAUCGCCGUUUGAUUUAAUCUCUGCAGAUGGAUGAAAAUCACACAACGCAGCCGGAACCUUGCCAGUCGUUACACACUGUUAAUGUGGAUGCGAGAAAACGUAAUUCCUCGAUCCCAAAAGGAACCAGACGUUCGUUCUUCUCGGAUGAAUCGUGUGAUACUGAUGAGUCCAGGAAACGCGAGAGUGAACAGGUCAAGCCAGGCAGCACCCAAAACCAAAAUCUAAACUGGUUACAGAAUCGCAGGUUUGGAAGGAGAAGUGAACAUUCUGGCCCAGAUGUCAGACAGCGGGCCGGCUUUGCCAGGUCCCUGGACUACUUCAUAUCAUUGGCCGCCUUGAUCAUUAAUCUGGAAAGCAUGUGGAGUUUUCCUGCCGUCCUAGGCCAAGACAAGAGUAUUGUUUGUUUUUUCCCUUACAUAGUAGCUUUAUCUCUGAUCGGCUUGCCUUUGGCGUUCCUUGAAGCCUCGCUGGGCCAGUUUUGCAGCCAGAACGCCAUUCGUUGCUGGGACCUGGCCCCACUAUUCAGAGGCAUCGGCGUUGCCAUGGUGAUCAACGCGUUUUGGUGGAGUUGGUACUUUUCCUUGAUGCAAGCUAUUACCCAGUUCUACAUCUUCAGCUCCUUCGAAGUCCCGCUUCCGUGGAAAACUUGCCAGAACACAUGGAACACAGACAAAUGCUACAACACAAUCCAGAUGAAGUGUGCUGAAAUGGAACCCGGAGAUGAUGGCGUUUGCUAUCAGGACAACAAGUUUGAAGGCAUCUGGAACAUCUCGUUGUUCGCCGCCUCAGCCAACAGGUCGAGAUACAUCAUCUCGUCCCUGGAAUACUGGGAGAAUCAUGUCUGGAACUGCCCGUCGAAUGCGAAGUCGGAUCUGUUCACGACAUUUAAUUAUUCUUUAAUGGGUAGUCUGUUCAUCACCUGGUUUGCGGUCUUCCUGAUACUGAGCAUUGGGAUUUUGUCCUCCACCAAAGUUCUGUACUUUACCGUCAUCUUCCCCUUCAUCAUCCUCUCUCUCAUGUUGAUCAACGCACUGCUCCAACCCGGGGCUGCCAAAGGUCUUUUGGUCUUGUUCAGAUUUGAGCCAGACUUGCUGCUGGAACCUGAAAUCUGGAAGCACGUGGUGGAGCACAUGCUGCACGACCUGGGCGUCGGUGUAGGCGCCAUCAUCACGCUCUCAAGCUACGCACCCUUCCAUCACAAUACUCUCAGGGACGUACUGAUCGUCGUGUUCAUCAAAGACGUGACCUCCAUUGUGUGGGGUAUCAUCAUUUUCUCAUACUUGGGCAACAUGGUGGACACUAUGAAUCUUUCCUUCGCCGAUCUCCAGUCAGAGUUCAAAGGUCUGAAUAAUAUUGUUAUCUUAACGCAUGGCGUUAGCUCGAUUCGACGCUCCAGCUUCUGGUCUAUUCUGAUCUUUUUUUCUUUGACACUGUGGUGCUUUAAUCCUAUGGCGGAGAUAACGUUGACGGCGCUAGUGGCAGUGGUCAGCGAACAGGCCCUCCUCGGGAAAUGGCGCCACGUGCUCUUGGUCUUCACCUGUGUCCUAGGCUUCUGCACUUCUGUUCCCUUCACCAGCAAUUGCGGGAUGGACUGGAUUAUUCCUUUCGCUUUUGACUCCAGUGCGAUUCCUGUUACGUACACAGUCGUCAUUGAGCUCCUGGUUAUGGUGGGCGUUUACGGAACUAGGCGUUUCAAGAAUGACGUGGAGGUGAUGAAAUGGAGGCCAAUUAGUGUCUACUGGACAUUCGCUUGGACUUUGGCUAUCCCCAUUUUAAUUACAAUCCUGCUGUGGGCGUUGGUCUGCAUGAUCAUCUACUAUCAACCUGCGAACUUCUUCAGCAUCAUUGUCAUCAUCUCGCCUCUCCUGGGUUUUCUCAUCACUAUGAUUGUGCAAGUCGCCACAGAGGGCACGGCUGACACCAUUACACAGAAACUCCAGGCUCUGGCGCGACCAAAGGUCACAUGGGGGCCCUUCCACGUGAAACACCGAAGGCUUGUGAAACAUGUCAAGGACUGGGUUGUUGACCCUUGGGCCAAUGAACAGAAAGAAGGGAUGCAACACCCGAUAGCAAUCACAAGGAAUCAACAGUCCAUAGACAUUCCGCAACCUGAAGUGCUGGUUCAUUCGCCAUCAGGCCAGCUGACAUUCUAUGCCAACCCGAUCGUCAGUAUGCCGAGCCUUGAUCAUCGGAAAUCAUCUACUGAUUCUGGCGCUGCAGCACUCAUCUGACAUUCUGGGGCAUAUGGCAUCUAAUUUAAUUACCCAUCUAGCAUCUAAUCUCAUGCAUGAAGAAGAUUGGAACUUGGAAGCCAAAUUUUGCCCAGGGCAGCUUUACUAAUAGCAAAGCAGCAUUUAAAAAUUUGUUCA